UGUGUGUGUGUGUGUGAGAGUGUGUGAGUGAAGGGAAGUGACGUCACGCCAGUGAUAGGAGUUCACAAUGUCGCUUUGCUGCAGCGUGAGCCACCGGGCGCUCGUUUCCCCGGUUUCUGUGUUGUCAAGCCUGGUCAGAGGAGCAUCAAAGAAAGCUGGAGGCAGCACCAAAAAUCGUGGUGGGAAGAGUCCAGGAAAGAGAUAUGGCUUCAAGAAGCUGGAUGGGGACUUUGUUCAUGCUGGAAACAUUCUUGCUACACAGCGUCUAAUGCGUUGGCACCCAGGAUCCCAGGUGGGAAUAGGCCGUAACAAAACACUGUUUGCGUUAGAAGAUGGUAUUGUGCGUUACACGAAGGAAGUCUACGCAACAUCGCCUCGCAGCUCUGAGAGUACCGACAUCAUUUCCCAGCUGCCUGUUGGAGCAGUCUUAUAUAAAACAUUCGUCAAUGUCAUUCCUGUGCACAGAGAAAAUAGUUUCCGACUUGUAAAAAUGAUGUGAAGAAUUAUGUAUUUAUUGCAGUUUAUUAAAGCCAUAUAAUAUUCUUGUUA